UCCAAUAUUGUUUUUUGGUCUUGACCCUUGCAUACAGAGAUUUCUCCAGAUUCUCUGAAUCUUUUAAUUAUGUUACUUACCAUUGAGGAUGACUUGCCCAAACUCUUUGCAAUUUUACGUUGACAAACGUGAUUCUUAAAGUUAAGUCAAGUUACUGACCUGUUGCGAACUAAUUUAGUUAGUUGUGAGAUGUUCCACUAGGCUUUUUUUUUGUUGCAUUACACAACUUUUCCAGUCUUUUAUUGCCCCUUUCCCAGCUUUUUGAAACUUUUCAAGUUGAACAGUACAGUACAACAUAUACACUAAACUGUAGAAUUGUUAAUAAUAAAUAUUUCUACUGUAUGGUUCCUCCUCUUCGUCUUAUUACUAUUCUUAGGGGACUACGCCCUGAAAGUUGGUGUGAAGCAUUUGUAUGGGCUAUGAGCUUCCCCUUCUUAAUUUGCUGAUUUGAAACGUAUAUGUUCCAGGAGGUGAAUGUAUGCACAGUCCUUUUCCCAACAUCAGUCCAUCUGCUGUUAAAGUAUUCUCUUAACCCAACUUAAUGGAGGGUUAAUGGAGUUUGGGAUUUGAGUCACAUGUAAACAUAUGAGUUCCUAGUGAAUCAGAUACACUUCAAAAGAAAUAUAACUCAGUGGGAAUGUACUUCUAAUAGAGUUUACCUACAUUUUUUGUAUUUUUUAACUGCUGAAUAAAAAUGACAUAUUUACCAAGGGGGGCCAAUAAUUCUUGAGAGUUAGGGUUACCAUAUUCAUUAAACCUGGAGCUAAAAUCUGUUUCCAUAUGUGACAGUGACACUAGUUUCCUUCUUGCCUAACGUCUUAAAGAGGAAGGAAAACAGUUCAGCCCACUUCUACUCUGCUCUGACUACUUGCAACACGUGUGUGUACCAAACGCUUCUUGUUUCCUCAUUGCCAGUCAGUUGUUUUGCAAAGCCACAGCCCCACGUAAUAAAAAGAGAUACAACAAUGGUCUUGAAAACAGCAUAUAGUCUGUUGGUCGUUUUUCUCUGGUCCGUGACUGCAACUACGGCAAAAGACUUUGGCCAGAUAAUCCAGGUGGUGGUGUCACCAAUUGUUUCCAAGAAGGGAGAGAAUGUAACACUGACCUGUGUCACCAACUGUACUCUGACCAACGCUACCUACAUCUGGUACAGAAACGGUCAACGUCUAGAUAAGCCUACUUCCAGGCAACACUCAGUAGUAGGAACUUUGUCAUCCAGUUACUCCUGUUCUGUAAAAGACCUUGAGGAUCUCCACUCUCCUUCAGUGUGUGUUCUGGGUAGACAAUGUUUCAACGUGACUUAUACCCGUCAGAGUAUCUGUGCCUUGAAGGGCUCAGUGGUGGAUCUUCCCUGCAAGUAUCAAUAUCCAAAUAAUCACACACUCUCUUGGACAAGCUGGUAUGUCCAAGAGAGAGGUGACGAGAGGCCUGUUAUACUGAGUUCAUUGCCAGAGUAUUCAGGUCGUGUGAAGUACCUUGGAGAUAAUAUGAGUGAAUGUACCCUGAGAAUCACAGACCUGAGAGAGACUGACUCAGCUGAGUACAAGUUCAGAUUUAAAACACAGAAUGCAGAGUGGGGGUACAGCUUCCCUGGAACAACUCUGACUGUCACAGACCUGCAGGUGAAGGUGACUCCUGGCACAGGGGGAAAUCACACUAAAACUCUGACCUGUUCCACCAGCUGUAAUCUGACUGACAACUCCAACCUCACCUACGUCUGGUACAUGAACGGACAACGUCUUGAUAAACCCGUUUCCCAUCAACACUCUGUCAAGGAAUAUUACAUCAACAGUUACUCCUGUUCUUUACUGAAUCUCCGCUCUGCUGUGGUGUGUGUUGUGGGUCAGAGCUGCAUGAAUGUCAGUUACACCCAUCAAAGUGUCUGUGCCUUGAAGGGCUCCACAGUGAACAUCUCCUGCACGUUCAGUCACCCGAACAGGCAAAAUGUCACAGAAAAAACCUGGUUCAACAAAUGGGACUCUGGAGUAAUUCAUGACUUGAUCCAGAACCCAGAGUAUGCAGGUCGGGUGGAGUACCAUCGAACUACAGACAAGGACUCCACCCUGACUGUUACAGACCUGAGAGAGAGUGACUCUGCUGAGUACAAGUUCAGAUUUACAUCAAACAAAGUAACAUGGGGCUACAGCUUCCCUGGGACAACUCUGACUGUUACUGACCUGCAGGUGAAGGUGACUCCUGGCACAGGGGGAAAUCACACUAAAACUCUGACCUGUUCCACCAGCUGUAAUCUGACUGACAACUCCAACCUCACCUACGUCUGGUACAUGAACGGACAACGUCUUGAUAAACCCGUUUCCCAUCAACACUCUGUCAAGGAAUAUUACAUCAACAGUUACUCCUGUUCUUUACUGAAUCUCCGCUCUGCUGUGGUGUGUGUUGUGGGUCAGAGCUGCAUGAAUGUCAGUUACACCCGUCAAAGUGUCUGUGCCUUGAAGGGCUCCACAGUGAACAUCUCCUGCACGUUCAGUCAUCUGAAGAAGCUUAAUGCCACAGAAGAAGCCUGGUUCAACAAAUGGGACUCUGGAGUAAUUAUAGACUUGAACCAGGACCCAGAGUAUGCAGGUCGGGUGGAGUACCAUCGAACUACAGACAAAGACUCCACCCUGACUGUUAAAGACCUGAGAGAGACUGACUCUGCUGAGUACAAGUUCAGAUUUACAACAAACAAAGUAACAUGGGGCUACAGCUUCCCUGGGACAACUCUGACUGUUACUGACCUGCAGGUAAGGGUGACUCCUGGCACAGGGGGAAAAACUCUGACCUGUUCCACCAGCUGUAAUCUGACUGACAACUCCAACCUCACCUACGUCUGGUACAAGAACGGACAACGUCUUGAUGAACCCGUUUCCCGUCAACACUCUGUCAAGGAAUAUUACACAGACAGUUACUCCUGUUCUUUAUUGAAUCUCCGCUCUGCUGUGGCGUGUGUUGUGGGUCAGAGCUGCAUGAAUGUCAGUUACACCCAUCAAAGUGUCUGUGCCUUGAAGGGCUCCACAGUGAACAUCUCCUGCACGUUCAGUCAUCUGAAGAAGCUUAAUACCACAGAAGAAGCCUGGUUCAACAAAUGGGACUCUGGAGUAAUUAUAGACUUGAACCAGGACCCAGAGUAUGCAGGUCGGGUGGAGUACCAUCGAACUACAGACAAGGACUCCACCCUGACUGUUACAGACCUGAGAGAGAGUGACUCUGCUGAGUACAAGUUCAGAUUUACAUCAAACAAAGUAACAUGGGGCUACAGCUUCCCUGGGACAACUCUGACUGUUACUGACCUGCAGGUGAAGGUGACUCCUGGCACAAGGUGGAAUCAAACUAGAACUCUGACCUGUUCCACCAGCUGUAAUCUGACUGACAACUCCAACCUCACCUACGUCUGGUACAAGAACGGACAACGUCUUGAUGAACCCGUUUCCCGUCAACACUCUGUUAAGGAAUAUUACACAGACAGUUACUCCUGUUCUUUAUUGAAUCUCCGCUCUGCUAUGGUGUGUGUUGUGGGUCAGAGCUGCAUGAAUGUCAGUUACACCCAUCAAAGUGUCUGUGCCUUGAAGGGCUCCACAGUGAACAUCUCCUGCACGUUCAGACAUCUAAAGAAUCAUAAUGCCACAGAAGAAACCUGGUUCAACAAAUGGGACUCUGGAGUAAUUAUAGACUUGAACCAGGACCCAGAGUAUGCAGGUCGGGUGGAGUACCAUCAAACUACAGACAAGGACUCCACCCUGACUGUUACAGACCUGAGAGAGAGUGACUCUGCUGAGUACAAGUUCAGAUUUACAUCAAACAAAGUAACAUGGGGCUACAGCUUCCCUGGGACAACUCUGACUGUUACUGACAUCCAGGUGAAGGUGACUCCUGCUACAGAGGAAGGAAAGGUCAAUCUGACCUGUAUCACAUCCUGUCCUCUGACUGACAACUCCAACACCACCUACAUCUGGUACAAGAACGGACAACAUCUCACCCACCAAAAGACCAUGACUAAUUACCUGAUCCUUGACCCUGACAGCAUGGAGGAUAGAGGCAGAUACUCCUGUGGUGUAAAAGGCCUUACGAAUGUCCACUCUCCUGAAUUCUCUGUAGGGGAACAAAGAGUUACAACUGGUGUCAUAGUAGGAAUCACAGUAGUUGUUGUGAUUCUAAUUCUCUGUCUCUCUGGCUUCAUUUGGUUCAGUAAGAAGGCCUCCAAAUCCACUUCUGAUGGACCCAACACAGCAGUGAUUGGACAGACAGACUCCAAUCCUGUGUAUAGCAACGUAUCAGACAUGGCCUUGACCUCUACUGCAGCACAGACAGCAGACACAGACCACCAGUUCCUCCUCCACUAUUCCAGUUUCCACUUCUCUUCCUCCAAAAAACAGGAAAAUAUAUAAUGCUCCCCUGGGAGCAGGAGUAUCCAGAGUCAUCGGAGGAGGAAGACGAGGUAUUCCUGCCACCACACUGGGAGGAGAGACUCUUCCGCCUCCCACACUUGGGGACCGGGUGCCACUUACGGUACACACCACACACCAGGGGUCCUGCACCGGUCCCCCUGCCCGGAGCCUCCCUCGGACGGGUGGGACAAGCCUGCUACGGGGGUCGGGGGUGGAGCUUCUCUCUGCUUUAUAAUUUCCCCACCGUAUCCCAGAACUUUAACACAGGCAUUCCAGAACCAUAACCCAGGUAACCCCUUUGUUAGAUUCUGUCCACGUUUGAUCCAUGAACAAAAUAAAUGUAACCAGA